CGGCAGUGCUUCGCGCGCAGGACCGGCGCGGCGUUCACUCGGCGGCGCGCCACGGCGCGACAUGCCCAGCUGAUGUUUAUUUAUACCGCGAGCUCGGCGGAGGGCGCGCGCGGGAGGCCCUCCCCUCCGCGGCACCACGGUUCCGCGUGAUGCAGCCGAACGAGCCAGCCGAAACCGCGCACGCCGCCGGCGGAAACCCCCCGCAGCGGGGCCUUAACGGCGGCCGUUUCGAUUUUGACGAUGGCGGUACUUACUGUGGCGGCUGGGAGGACGGCAAGGCCCAUGGCCACGGUGUGUGCACCGGGCCGAAGGGCCAGGGCGCCUACUCCGGCUCCUGGCACUUUGGCUUCGAGGUGUCCGGCGUCUACACCUGGCCCAGCGGCAGUGCAUACGAGGGACAAUGGCAGAACGGCAAGAGACACGGGUUGGGUGUGGAGACGCGGGACAGAUGGCUGUACCGAGGCGAAUGGACGCAGGGUUGCAAGGGCCGCUACGGCGUUCGCCAGAGCACCACCAGCAACGCAAAGUACGAAGGAACCUGGGCUAACGGAUACCAAGACGGAUACGGAUCUGAAACGUACGCUGAUGGAGGAACAUACCAAGGGCAAUGGAUGCGGGGACACCGGCAUGGCUAUGGCGUGCGGACGUCGGCGCCGUUCGGGCUGGCGUCGCAUAACCGCGGAGGCGCGCGUGACCGCGGCUCCCUAUCAUCGCUGGUGGAGGCACUGGGCACGCCAGAUCCCUCUGACCGCCGCAACCUGCGCGUCGACGACGCCCGGGGCGGCUUCGUACUGCAAAAGAGCUCCGACGAGCCGGCCGGCAGGCGGGGCUCUAUCGUCGAGAAAACUAAAAAAGGCUUGUUCCCCAAUUUCCGUAAGCGGCGCAGCACGGGCGAGCUGGACAAGCGCGGUACGGGUUCGGUGCGAUCAGGAGGCUCUGCGGGCUCGGCCUCCUCCUGGGUGUCGUCCGUCGAGAGCUCCCACUCCACCAACACGCGAGGCUCGCACCACACACACUCCAACACCAGCUUCAUCGUAGAGGAUGAGCACUUGGAUCCGAGUGUAACAGAAACGUAUAUGGGCGAAUGGAAGAACGACAAGCGAACUGGUUUCGGCGUGUGCGAGCGAACCGACGGCCUCCGCUACGAGGGAGAGUGGCUCGCCAACAGAAAGUACGGCUACGGCGUGACGACCUUCCGCGACGGCACCAGGGAGGAGGGGAAAUACAAAAACAAUGUGCUCAUCACAAGUCAGAAGCGCAAACACAUGUUCCUCAUGCGGUCGGCGAAGUUCCGGGAACGCGUUGACUCAGCGGUGAACGCGGCGCAGCGCGCCUCCAAAAUAGCUUUACAAAAGGCCGACAUUGCAAUCUCUAGAACGGCUACAGCGCGAGGUAAAGCGGAGCAGGCAGACGAGUCGGCGGAUCAGGCUAAGGAAGACUGUGAUAUAGCACAAACGACUGCAAAGCAAUUCGCACCGGACUUCAAACACCCCGGCUUCGACAGAAUAAGAUUAAGAGACCGAUAUAGACAAAAAACCUAUGAAACGCAAAGUCCCGCACCAGUUUUACAAGAAUCUGAAAAUAUCCUAGAAGGAAAGAGCAUUCCAAAUCAUAUCCCUCCGACGCAUUCACAGCUUCCUCAAGCUAAUAAAAUUCCUAACGCUAUGAACUCGAGAAGACCUUCAACGCAAUAUCCUAAAGCGAUGCCCCCUAUGGACCCACGACUCGCCAAUAGCACUAAUUAUGGCACCGACGACCGAACACUUGGACCUCCUUACGACCCAUAUUAUAACUCAAACAAAGAAAACUGGGGUUCCCCGAGCAACUCGCCGGCUCAAAUUCAAGAUAAACAAAGGCAAUAUAUGACGAAUGAGCCCUCGAGUGGAUACAGCGUGGCUCAGCCGGGAGGUCCACAACCUUCUUCUAUAGCAUAUCGCAGACGGGAUUCCUUGCAACCACAACAAAGUGUAGACCAAACAUCUCAGCAAUAUCCCAACCAGGGAAGAAGACCAUCUGUUAGGCCAACGAUGAACCAGCGAGCUCCACCUCAGGAAUGGAACCCGACUCAUGGAAUUAUCCGACGUCAAAGUAUACUCGCCCAACCCACAAAUGACCCACAAAGCAAUACCUACGUCGAUCCCGGUACGGCAUCCUACGGCCGAAAUGAGCUUCGUACCGGAGUUUUUCAUUCAGAUGGAACACACGAACAUCAACGACCCGCUGUCGACGCUCAAGGUCACCGUCAGGGUCCCGAUACUCAGGUCUAUCAGCAAGGAUCGCUCGACCAACAAGGAUACAGGCAAAGCGAUCAACAGACGUAUCGCCAGCCGAUGUCUGAUCACCAACAAUAUCGACAGCAAAACUUGCCUCCGGAACAAGACAUCGUGAACGGAGAACGCGAACCCCGUCCGUUUACCGCACGCCCCUCUAUAGAUUACUUCGACCACUACAAGAGACCUCCCAGUAGAGAUUCGAGCGUGGACCGGUACGGCAGACGGUCACGUCAGCCAUCUGUGGAGGCCGCGCCGCCCGGCGGCGGGUCCCGCUCCGGGUCGAUAGCUCCGCAACCGCUGUCAUCGUCGCGACCACCCUCACGUGCGGCGACUCCCGCAGGCAACGGCCAUUUGGCAUCCGGUCGCGGUUCCCGAGCGGCAUCGAGAGAGCCCCAAGGAUUCGAGGACUCGCUAUUGCGCAAGCGAACGCUGGGACAAGAAAUAACACCAUCACCUUAUCAACCGAAACGGACUGAAAGUUUAUACGUGGCGCAAAACGCUACUCCUCCCCCUCCCGCACCAAUGGCCGGAGGAGGUGGAGGUCGCAAGAUGUUGAGCACGCCACAGACGCUGCAGCGCAAGAAGUCGCUGCCGGAUGUUGCGGCACUGCCGCGGGCGGACGGCGGUAUGUCGCGGGAGGAGGUCUCCGCACUCGGCUCGGCGCGCCGCGAGGAGGUGCGCCGAAUGCACGAGGAGACAGAGAAACUCAGAGCUAACCCUCUAUUGUAUUUAGUCAGUCCGCAAGUCAAGGACUGGUUCUCGCGACAGCAGCUGGUAAUCUUAGUAUUGUUCAUAAACAUCUCGCUGGGUAUUAUGUUCUUCAAGCUGCUGACGUAGCGGUGGCGAGAGGCGCAGCCGCGCCCCCAUCUUGCAUCGCAACGCCUCUUUUGUACAUAUUUCCCUUGAAUAAAAA